GUAGUCCCAAAACAUCUGGAGGCACACUGGUUGAGAAACACUGGAGUAUAAAGCAGGCCAGGAAGGGGCUCUGAUUCUUGCAGAGUGGAAGCACAAUUAAGGUAAAGGUAAAGGGACCCCUGACCAUUAGGUCCAGUUGCAAACGACUCUAGGGUUGCGGUGCUCAUCUUGCUUUAUUGGCCGAGGGAGCCGGCAUACAGCUUCUGGGUCAUGUGGCCAGCAUGACUAAGCCACUUCUGGCAAACCAGAGCAGCGCAUGGAAACGCCGUUUACCUUCCCACUGGAGCGGUACCUAUUUAUCUACUUGCAUUUUGAUCUGCUUUCGAACUGCUAGGUUGGCAGGAGCAGGGACCGAGCAACAGGAGCUCACCCUGUCACAGAGAUUCGAACCGCCGAACUUCUGAUCGGCAAGCCCUAGGCUCUGUGGUUUAGACCACAGCACCACCCGUGUCCCUUAGGAGAACCAUUAAUGGAUCUCCCACAUCCUUUGUCAUUAUGCUUUCAAGCCAGUGUCAAACGAUAAUUUGAUACAUUUGAAUUCCCUAGUGCAUUUUAGCAAGUGUCUUAAUCAAAAGAAGAACCUGCUGGAUCAGGCCAAUGGCCCAUCUAGCCCAGCAUCUUAUUCUCAUAGCAACAAACCAGAUUCCUGUGGGGAAACCUACUCAUAGCUGCCAAGUUAUCCCUUUUUUACAGGGAUUUUCCAUUAUGCUGAAUAGGCUUCCUCGUGAGAAAAGGGAAAACUUGGCAGCUAUGAAACCUACUACCGUAGUAGCUGCUGAUAGCCUUGUCCUCUAUGAAUUUGUCUAAUCUUCUUUUAAGCCUUCCAAGUUGGAUGGCCAUUAGUGCCUCUUGUGGGAACAGGUUAAUACUACAACUACAACUACUACUACUACUACUAGUAUUUGUACCCUGCCAAUAGCUUUCCCCCUCCACAAUCAGUUUAAAAAGCUUAGACAUGCUGUCUAGCAAACAAUUUUAGUCAGAGAUUCUGGACAAUUUUUUGAGCCAAUGAAAUAAAAUGUCAAAGUAUAUGUAUAUUUAUUUGGGGAAGGCAACAAAUCAGAUUUGCAAAAAACAAAAACGUUAACUCGACUAGUUAUGCUUAAACUGCUUGAGCAAUUUUGGGUUUCAUAACCUGUGCAGAGUUGCUUGCACAAAAGUUAGAGAGCAUCUUUGAUCAUAUUGGAAACAAGGCAACUUGGGGGUUAGACGUUUUGCCUGUUCCAUAUCAUCAAGUUUGCCCUUUGAGUCACAGGAAUAGCAGCAGGGCUGGGGAACCAUUGGUUUUCCAGAUGUUGCUGAACUACAACUGCCAUCAACCCUAGCAAGCAUGAUCAGUGGCCAUGGACAAUGAAAGUAGUUGUUGUUGUUUAGUCAUUUAGUCGUGUCCGACUCUUCGUGACCCCAUGGACCAGAGCAUGCCAGGCACUCCUGUCUUCCACUGCCUCCCACAGUUUGCUCAGACUCAUGUUUGUAGCUUCGAGAACACUAUCCAACCAUCUCAUCCUCUGUCGUCCCCUUCUCCUUGUGCCCUCGAUCUUUCCCAACAUCAGGGUCUGUUCCAGGGAGUCUUCUCUUCUCAUGAGGUGGCCAAAGUAUUGGAGCCUCAGCUUCAGGAUCUGUCCUUCCAGGGAGCACUCAGGGCUGAUUUCCUUAAGGGUUUUUCGUUAACCCUUCUCUUAGCCUUUACCAUUUUUGUUGUUGUUGUUGGAAAAAUUAUAAAUGUCUGUAUCAUGUGAGCACACUAAUUUGAAUAUUAUUGUAGAAUUUGGAUUGUUUUGGUGCAGAAUUUGGAAGAGUGGGAAAAUGCAGAAUAGAUGCAUCCUUAUAUAAAGUGCAUCAGUGUAAUUGAAACCCCAAAGCUCAGUGUCUUACUUGGUUGGCAACUAAUUUUAGAAAGGAGCUGUAUUUUUGAAUUGGACAACAGCUGAAGGGCUGACAACAUUGUCUCUGCACACUAACACUUGCUGCACAGUCAGAGAGGCAGGCAAAGGAUGCUACACCCUUUUUUCUCUCUUUCAGAGUGUGACUUGGGCAGAGUUUUCUCCUUAUUCUGCAUACAACUGUUGAAACAUGGGCAGGCACCUCUUUCCCAUCCCCUGUGUAGUGAAGAGUUUUUGGCAGAGCUGCCCCCCAUCCUCCAUUCUUAUGUACUUCAGCUGCUUUGCUUUGAGUGGCAAAGCACAUGAUCAGCAACCCCUUGUGAUGUAUCAGUUUCUGGAUUAUAUACAUAGGAUCAGGACUGAAUGCUCCCCCACAUUUUAAAAAAACAUUUACACGCACAAAAAUGAGACUCAUAAGUUCGUGGGUUCAAGGCCCAUGCUGGGCAAAAAAUAUAUAUCCUGCUUUGCAGAGAGUUGACUAGAUGACCCUCGUGGUCCGUUCAAACUCUACAAUUCUAUGAAACAAGCCCCCUCAAAGCUAGUGCACAUACAAAACUAACAUGUCAGGCAGGUCCCCUUGCCUUUUCCCUUACAUGCUAGUUAAGAGUGUACAGGGAGUUUUUAUUCAAUAUUUAGUUCCUGCUCUGCACUAGUACAGUCAAACAGUUAAUAUAACAUUAUUAGUUAUGAGCACCUUCAGUGCAUAAGCCCUCUGCUUGUGUUUCCAGUUCACACAGAAGAAACCAGUUAAGGUGUAUGAUUAGGGGGAUUAGGACCAGGGACUAUAAAUGGGGAAGCCUGAUGGUUGUCAAGUGGCGCUUGAUGAAUGUGUGUUCUUGAUAUAAGUUCAGAAUGUUCUUGAGUCCUGACUGCUGACUUCUUGAAGUUUGAUUCAACUAUAAUUGCAAUCUGUUGAGGGACACAGACACAAGUACCAUUAUUUUGCCUUCCCACUCUUUCUCCCUGCCUUUAAAUCUCAUUCAUAAUGUCACACUGUUGAAACUGGCAGAAAAAGCUUGCUCUCUUCUAGAUUUGGAAUAUUACCGAAAUCUUAAAGAAUUUUUUGGACAUCAGCUAAGUUGCUCUUUGGCUAUAGUUUAGUAAGCUGAUGAUUUUUAGACCUUGCAUGAAACUUUCCUCACGUUCCUUUUUUUAAGCCAUGCUGAUUCUUAUGGGAAGCUUUCUUCCGAUGUGUGUUUUGAGUGUGUGGAUUCUUUUAUUAUGUGGAGAAACAGGUCAGAAUAGUAUGAAAAACCAAGGCCUUCCAAGACAUUUUCCAACUUCAACUUGCCAGGCUCUUGAAAUUUUCUCCAAAUGAGUUAUGACUGGCAUUCCCCACGACUGAGAGUAUAAUGGAGUGCUUUGAGAGAGCCUUGUGCUUUGUUCAGAAUGUUAUUCAGCCUUCUAAAUGAGUGGAAUGCAAGUCCUAGUAAGCUAAUGUGUUCACCUCAUCUAAGCUGCUCAAAAAUUUCAUUUUUUUGCAAAUAAAAUGAAAUUUGUCAUUUUUCUGCACAUAUAUUUGUGGUGUCAGACAAGGAAUAUUGUCUCUAUUACUAGCCUUUCUCUCAUUCAAGUUCCAGAAAAGUGGAAGUUCCAGAAAAAUGGAACAUUGUGUCCCCUGUAAUAUGGUUUUAUAUACAAAAUAUGGUUGAAAGAACUCAGAAGAAACUUAAUGGUGGAGAGUCAACAUCCAUUUUUAUUUGAAUCUUUAUGUUCAGAUUUUUAAAAAAUCUCUGUAUAGAGGCUGGGUGCCAUUGCUUUGCACUUUUCAAUUACCAGAGUGCUCAUAUAUCCUAUGCAUUUUUCAGAGUUCCAAACAAUAAAGCUACCCAUUUUUUCCUGCAGCAUGAACUAUUUUUGUUAAAAAAGCAAAAUUGAGUAUUCUCUGUUUCUCCAGGGGUGCUGUGCAGCUUGUUAACAUGGGAGCAUGAAUAUUUCUCCACCCUGAAAGUAAAGCUCUUGCUAUCCAUAACACGAGGAUAGGAUGUUAGCACUACAUGGGGUAUUGUGAGAGCAUUCUGCUAAAGGGAGAAAUUUAGAGUUUUGAAUGUGUGCAACAAUUUUAUACAUGUUCUACAAAGUUUUUUUAAAGUCCUAGUGGGUUUAUAGUCUAACAGACACAAUGCAAAUGUCAGAAUGGUUGGGGAGGGUACGGGGGGGAAAGCUAAUUCAAGCAUUAAUUAUUCAUAAAAGGGUAUUUUAGUACCCUUAAUGAAGUAGGUAUCAGAAAGCUUGUGGUGCGGGAUAUUGACUAUAGUUGUUGCUGCAUCUAAUGAUCUUGAUCCUGAUGGUUCUGGGUUUUUUUCAUAAGGCCCAGGCAUUGAGGCUGGUGGAAUCAUGAGUCCUCAGAUAGAAUUAAAAGCGUUUUUUCUGGGCAGUAUAUUACAGCAGCACCAGACUAGGAUCUUCUGUUGUGGUCUGUUUGGAGAUAGGAAUGGGAUGUGGUGGCUUGGGAAAUCAAGACAGAGUGGUUGGAGGACUGGACUUUUGGGAAUGGUUUAUGCCAGCAAUGACUUGCUUUUUUACUUGGUAGCCUGCAUGGAACUACCGAUUUUAAUAUUAAUUAGUUUAUUAAACUUAUUAGUCACUUGUCACCCAACUGUCUCCAAGUGACUUGCAACAUAGAAAAAUAUAUGCAAAUACAUAAUUUCAUCCUCUGCUUCUGAUCAGGCCUAAAUGGAUCAGAAUAUCAGGCUAGAAUAACCCUUAAAUGGGCAAUUACAUCUUUCCUAACUGCCUUGGCCUUUGUGCUAGCACAGGGCAGUCCAACUUUUCAUACCAAGUGGGCUGAAGGGUACUUUGACACACUGCUUUGUCGUGUGGGGGCAGAGAACGAGGCCAAAAUUUGGUGCCCCCCCCAAGUCUUCCCACUGCCUUCCCAAGCCAGCUUUGUGAGGUGCUGGAUUUGGGGAAGGAGACAUGAGGUUCUUGGAGGGUCCUAGAUCCCUCUGAACUCCUUCCCAAAGCUGGGGAAGCGCUAACUGUGCUUUAGGAAGGGAGGAUGGAAGACUCUAGGACCCUGUCAGAGUUCCCAAACUAGCAGCUUGCUUACCCUGCUUUGUAGUGGGGAUGUAUCAGAUGUUGCUGAGGGCCACAAAAAAACCUUGAGGGACACACAUUGGACCACCCUGUGCUAGCAGCACAGAACAUUGGAUGGUAGGAGUUGAGACUUCCUCUGCCCAGCUGUUACAGGAGAAACCAAUCCAAGAAGUGCCUGGUUCAGGUGAUGCAGGAUCCAAAGUGUUUUAACUCCGAGAUCUUAAUUUAGACCCAGUUAAUGUGGCUCAGAUAAUGUUGGCUGGAGGGGGGUGGGUUCUGCUCAAACAAGUUGGGAUCCAGCCCAAGCCAAUGCCUCAUAGGAACUUUAUGAGUGCAUAACACUAUGCUUGUACAACUCCCAUUUAUUUUGGCGAAUGUACAGGAAAAGAAAAUGGCUCUUUGUCUUGUUUGCAGAGCAUUCAUUCUGCAUGCUGUUUUCUGUCAUGACUGCAGACCCAAGGCAGGGAUGUCUUUGUAUAGCUUGGUCAAGGAGGGGGUUCAAACUGUACUGGCAGGUGGCUUUUCAUAACACGUGUGUGGGAAGCUGUUCCUCCUGAGAGUAUCUCCUACACCCAUCUUCCCUAGGCCUGUUCAGGUGAUAUCAGUGCCCAGGAGAGGUCUCAGCAGCUCCUAAUGGUUCACACACAGAGAAAAUGGCUUUUACCAUAGUACACUUAGGUGGGUGGGUUUGGAAAUUGUGCUUUUCCACCUCUUUUUUCAUUUCCUCCUUUCCCCAUUCUAAAAAAGAUGGUGCAGUUUGCAUUCUUAGAAUAGAUGCAGCCAAUCUUCCCUUGCAUUCUUCAUAAUCUGUAAUCUUAUGAAGGACUUGAAAUUGGCAGAGCAUAUUCUUCUUCUUUUUUACUGUUCUGGACUGCUGGACAUGUCAAUGGAAAAUCCUCUGUAAGACAUCUGAAAUACACCAGGAUCCAUAAGCUUCUGAGGAUGAAAUAUGUUGAUUGUUCCUCCUCUUCUGCAGAGGUUUGAAAAUUUUCUGCAGAGGUUUCGGACUUUGAGUGUCCCAACCUAAGCAUAUAGUUAUCUGUCCAUGGCAUUAAAUCAAAGCAGAUUCUCCUGCCCACAAAUAUUCUUUCAGUUAUGAAACUUCAAGUCAGAUUGAAAUUGUAUCUGUUUUUGUUAUAGCACCCAAUUACCAUGCAUAGUUUAUCAGUAAAACUAUGAAUUUGAAAAUUAGAAGUUUGGUUUUAUAUCUUUGUGAUUUAAAUCUAAAGCAGUGAUUUUAUUUGCCUUGUGUUGACUCCUUGUUAUAGAACGCAGUGCUGUGGCCCAGCAACUCUGACUUUUUAGGAUAUUAGCUUCACAGAAGACUUUUCUUUGGCAAUUUAAAAACCUACCCUAGGCAUGUUUGUCUGCUGUCUUCUGGGGGGUAAGCAAGUGUUGAUUUUGCUUUGUUGUAAACCACAGAGCCUAGGGCUUGCCGAUCAGAAGGUCGGCGGUUCGAAUCCCCGCAAUGGGGUGAGCUCCCAUCGCUCGGUCCCAGCUCCUGCCAACCUAGCAGUUCGAAAGCACAUCAAAGUGCAAGUAGAUAAAUAAGUACUGCUACAGCGGGAAGGUAAACGGCAUUUCCAUGUGCUGCUCUGGUUCGCCAGAAGCGACUUUGUCAUGGCUUGGACCUGAAUCAUGGACAUUGAAUCAUGGCUUGGACCUGAGGUGUUUAGAGUCUGUAUCCUCAGGCAUAAUCUUCCUUAUUGAGGAGUCUUGUACAUAAUAAUGAAGGAGCACUCUGCUGCUGCUGCUACUGCAGGUGCAGCAGCAGCAGCAGCAACAACAACAACAAUCUGACUGGGUUGCCCCAGCCAGUCUGGGUGGAUAAUAAUCUCCAGAAACAGGGAAUAGUGAUGGUGGAUAGGGCAGAUAGGGAAAUGGUUCUUAGUAGAAGUCUAAAUGAACCAUCUUGGUGAAGCAUAAAGCACUUAUUUAUAAUUUAUUAUUAGCAGCAAAAUUAAAUUCAAGCUGGGUGGAGUAUAUUAUAGAUGGCAAAGGGGGAGAGUUCAUACCUUUCCAUUAAAAUGGUUUCAAAAGACUAAUGUCAGUGCUGUUGAAAAAUCUCCAUAAAAGAGCAGCCUUUGGCUAUUUGUUGUGAGCAUGGCAAGCCAGCAAAAGAGGAAGCUUUUUAUCAUAAUCUUUUAGCUGUCUAUAAAUUUCAUUAUUGGAGUACCCUUCUUUAAAACCAAAAACCCCAGCUGAAAGAGGGAGAAAUACAUAUUUUGCAGUAAUUUAGCCUUCUUUCACCUCCUCUUCCUUUAAUUGAACUGCAGGAGUAAUUUAAAAAGAAAAAAGAAAACAACCACUACCAGUAUUUGCUUUGUUUUUUUGUUUUUAAAUUGUGGAUCUGUUUGUCAACUUGGGCUCCUUUGGGAGGAAGGGCAAGAUAUAAAUUCACUAAAUAAAUAAAGCAUUCUGAUGGAUCAAAGAGUGGCCAAAUAUUGGCCUACACCAGCACCUCCACUCUUCCUUGUAUCCUUAAUCUAAUUCUACUCAUUUAGUUAUUUUAUUUUAUUUUAUUUUAGUUGUUUGUUUGAUUGAUUAAUAUACCACCCUUUUUCUUAAGAUCCCAGGGUGGUUCACAGUAUAAAAUACAGGAUAAAAAACAUGAAAAUAAAUAAAACAAAACAGCAAAACAAUACCCCCCUCCCAUAGACACAUUUUAAAUGCAGUAGAAUAUUAAUAAGCCAAAGGCCUUGUUGAAGAGGAUCGUUUUUGCCUGGCACCUAAAAAUAUAUAAUGAAGGUGCCAGGCGAACCUCCCUGGGGAGAACAUUCCACAAAGGGAAGCCACUGCAAUAAAGGCCUGUUCUUGUGUUGCCCCCCUCCAGACCUCACAUGGAGAAGGCACACAAAGAAGGGCCUCAGAUUAUGAACGCCACGCCUGGGACAGGUUUCUAUGGGGGAGAGACAGUACUUAAGGUAUUGCAGUCCUGAACCAUUUAAGGAUUUAUAGGUCAAAACCAGCACUUUCAAUCAGGCCCAGAAACUAAUUGGUAGCCAAUGCAGUUGGUGCAAUAUGCUCAGGCUUUCUUGUCACAGUGAGCAACCUGGCUGCUGCAUUGUGCUCUAGCUGAAGCUUUUGAACCAUCUUCAGAGGCAGCCCUACUUAUGAUGUGUUGCAGUAAUCCAACCUAGAAGUUACCAGAGUAUAGACAACAGAAGUUACGCUAUCCUCAUCCAGAUAGGGAUGCAGCUGGGCCACCAGCCGAAGCUGAUGGAAGGCACUCUGAACCACUGAGGCCACUUGUUCCUCAAGUGACAGUAGAGGAUCCAGGAGUACCCCCAAGCUAUGUACCUGCUCCUUCAGAGGGAAUGUAACCCCAUCUAGAGCAGGCAUCCUCCCUGCCAUCUGGUCUGAGGAACCACCCACCAACAGUACUUCAAUCUUAGCCGGACUGCGGGAUUUGUCAUCUUUCCGCAGGGCCUGCAAGACAGAGCUGUUCCGCCUGGCCUUUGGGCUGGACUUAGUCUGACCCCUGUGUUUUCCUCCCUCAUGGCUUGGAUUUAUGGACUACUUAAAAUGAGGCUGCUUUUUAAAUUUUAAUAUUGUAUUUUAAUCUGUAUUUUAAUUAAUUGCUUUUUAUGUUUUAUUGUAAUUUUAUUGGUGUUAGCCACCCUGAGCCCGGUUUUGACUGGGGAGGGCGGGGUAUAAAUAAAAUUUUUUUAUUAUUAUUAUUUAUUAUCUGGGUUGAGCUUCAAUUGUUUGCUCUCAUCCAGUCCAUUACCAAGGCAAGACAUCAGUUCAGCACAUCCACUGCCUUACCCGCAUAUGUAAGGAGUAAUAGAGUUGUGUGUCAUCAUAUUGCUGACAACCCACUGGCGUCUGGAUGACCCCACUCAGCAUUUUCAUGUAAAUGUUAAAUAGCGGGGGGUAAAAUUGAGCCCUGAGAAACUCCGCACUGAAGGCUCCACGGAGUUGAAAAGCACUCCCCAAGUAUUACCCUCUGGGAGUGACCAUCUAAGUAAGACUGAAACUACGCAGUGGUUGUGUGCUUAACAGCACAAUAGACAACUGUACAGUAUUUUGUUUUAACAUCCAUUAUUACAGCAUCUCAUUGAAAUAUACUAAAUAUAUUACAAGUAGAUGAAUGGUUUAAUAAGUAAGCUAUGGAUUGGUUUGUAAGUGAAAGGGACUCCAUGAAAGCACAGAGAAAAUAAAUAUGUUCAGAUGUGUUCAUAAUAGUUUACUUCCAAAGAAUUGUUCCCAGAGAGUUGGGACUUAGCACUUACAUAAAACAGCUCACUUACCUAUAAUCUUUUCCUCCCCCCCCCCCCUGCUUAGGAAUGACCUAGAGGCCUUAAAUACAUUUUUGCAUCCUUUGGGCUCUACAAUCGAGAGAAGCUCCCUGAAAGCACUACUCAUUGAUGUUAAAAGGAAACUACCUCAGCACACGGAAGGCAAGGUGGAAAGACUUGCAAUAAAAACAAAACAGUUUUUCUGAAUAAUGUGUUCUUGCAAAGUCUCCAUGAAACAAAUUUCCAUAUUUUUUUUCAGUAUUAAGAUGGGAAACUCAAACGGAUUUGACUGACGGGCUCUGUCAAACCAAGAAGCUGUUAGAUCUGCUGAUGUGAAGGCUCAGUGGUUCUUCAAAGAAAGACAUCUCUGUUAACAAUCGCUGUUGAACAGUGAUUUUGCUCAUCCCCUCCUAAUACUAUUUGAAGCAGUUUCUAUUAUUUUACUUUGAAAAAAAUUAAGUUCCUUCAGUGUAAAUUAAUGUUAACGUCAGGUGUCAAAAAUGUGUUGGCAGGAAAACUGCAACAGAUUGUUUUGGUUUUUUUGUUUUGUUUUGCCCCCUGCUUUGAAAUUGUAUCCUGAGUGCACACAAUAGAAUGCUAAGUGGAAAAUAAAGUAUUUUUUAAAGAACUAUCAUAGCUAGCUUUUACAAUUAUAAUUUGUAAUAGCAGCAGUGCUGCAUUUGAACACUGAAUAAUACAAAGACAGUAAACCUGCUGCCUUUCUCACUGCUGACACAAAUUACCUAUCUUUUUUGUUUUUGAAAUGCCUCCUAUGAAAAUUAUGUGCAUACUCUACUACUGCUACACAUAGAUCUAUUUCUAAGGGAGCAAUUCAAGAGGAGGGAUUGUUAAUUCAAGGAACCUUUGGUCAAGUACUUCCUUAUGUAUUGCUGCAGUGCACAAGAAAGUAAAAUGGACUACAAGCGGCGCUUUUUGCUUGGCGGGUCCAAGCAAAAGGUGCAGCAACACCAGCAGUAUCAAGUGCCAGAACUAGGCAAGACUCUGAGUGCACCUUUAGCAUCUCCAGCCACAACAUCCCCUCUGAUUUCUCCGGCUGCUGCUGGCGGCUGCAACCAUGCGACUCCAAUUGCAGACAUCCAGCAGGGAAUCUCCAAAUAUCUGGAUGCACUCAAUGUAUUUUGCCGUGCAAGUGCGUUCCUUACAGAUCUUUUCAGCAGUGUAUUUCGGAACUCGCACUAUUCUAAGGCAGCUAUGCAACUGAAAGACGUGCAGGAACAUGUCAUGGAAGCAGCAAGUCGACUCACAGCAGCAAUAAAACCAGAAAUAGCAAAAAUGCUCAUGGAAUUGAGUGCUGGAGCAGCGAACUUUAAAGAUCAAAAGGAAUUCAGCCUACAGGACAUUGAGGUACUUGGACGAUGUUUCUUGACAGUGAUGCAGGUUCAUUUUCAGUUUUUAUCCCAAGCAUUGCAGAAGGUCCAACCAGUGGCUCAUUCAUGUUUUACGGAAGCUGUAGCUCAGGAAAGAAAGAAUUCUAAUAUGGCUGAGACAUCCAGUGCAAGUCCCACAAUUGAGCUAGAAGAAGCUGUGCGGUCAUGGAGAGGGGCGGCUGAGGCUACAUCACGGCUACGAGAAAGGGGUUGUGAUGGCUGUUUGGCUGGAAUCGAGGUCCAGCAACUCUUCUGCUCCCAGAGUGUGGCAAUUCCUGAGCACCAGCUAAAAGAAUUGAACUUGAAAAUAGACAGUGCUUUGCAGGCGUAUAAAGCUGCAUUGGAAAGUUUGGGUCACUGUGAAUAUGCGAUGAAGGCUGGCUUCCACUUGAACCCAAAAUCUAUUGAAGCCAGUUUGCAGGGGUGUUGCAGUGAUGCUGAAGCCCAGCAGACUGGCCGGAGACAGACCCCUUCUCAACCCAUUCAGUGUGAGCUCCCCACAGUUCCUGUUCAGAUAGGUGCCCACUUCCUAAAAGGAAUAUCCUUUAAUGAGUCUGCGGCAGAUAACCUGAAGCUCAAAACGCACACGAUGAUACAACUAAUUAAAGAAGCUGGCUGCCAUAAUGGAGUGACCCCAAGGGAUGACUCUCCUGUGACUGAAGUGCUGAACCAAGUUUGCCCUUCUACAUGGCGGGGCGCCUGUAAAACGGCUGUACAGUUGUUGUUUGGCCAAGCUGGGCUGGUCGUUGUGGAUACUGCGCAGAUUGAAAACAAAGAAGCAUAUGCACCACAAAUCAGUUUAGAAGGUUCCAGAAUUGUGGUUCAAGUCCCAUCAACAUGGUGCCUGAAAGAAGAUCCUGCAACAAUGUCUCUGCUGCAGAGAAGCCUGGAUCCAGAGAAGACUUUGGGACUGGUGGAUGUGCUUUAUACUGCAGUGUUUGACCUAAAUCGUUGGAAGGAGGGAAGAGAGCAGGCUUUGCCGUGUAUUCAGAUCCAGCUUCAGCGUGAGAUCUGUGACUUCGGGGGUCACAUUGACUUACCAUCUGGAAAUGGAAGCAAAUCGACGGGUGGAUUGCAAAGGACUUUCUCGAAGUUGACUUCACGUUUUACAAAGAAAACAUCCUGUUCCAGUUCAAGCAGCAGUGGAAGUUACUCCAUUCCUAGUACACCUUCCAAAAACCUUUUCAUAGCUAACAACUCAGAGGAUAAAGCAAAAAUGCCCAACAAUAUGGAUGCCCGAUUGCAGAGUAUUCUGAACAUUGGUAACUUCCCCAGGGCUGUUGAGUCGGCCCAGACAAUGGCGCAGAGUGGAAGCCAUCAGAUUGUUAAUGGGUUCCUCCUUGACAGGCGUAAUGGCAGCAAAGCAGAUGACAGCAAGGAUGCCAAAGGCAUGAAUUUACCAACCGACCAAGAAAUGCAGGAGGUCAUAGAUUUCCUCUCUGGUUUCAACAUGGGCAAAUCCCAGCAGACCUCACCACUGGUGAAAAGAAGAAACUCGGUUGCAUCGUCUUCAGCAGCAGCAGAGCAGAAGCCAGCUACUGUGCCACAACAGUCCCAGUCUUCGUCUCACACGCCUUUGCACCAUCUCCAGCAAGGGUUGCCACAGCAACAGCAGCAGCAGCAGCAGCCACAAAAGCCCCAGCAGCAGCAGCAGCAGCAGCAGCAGCAAAUGCAUUACUAUCAGCACCUGCUGCAGCCCAUUGGGUCGCAGCAGCAGCAGCAGCAGCAGCAGCAGCAGCGUCCACCUGGCAAGUGGCCAACCAAUUCCAGCCAGCCAUCAGCCCAGACUGUUGGUCCAGGGUUGUCUCAUAUGCCUCAGUGGAGCAGUCAGGCCUUUCCUGACCUGAGCUCUGACCUGUAUAGUUUGGGUCUUGUGAACAGUUACAUGGACAAUGUGAUGUCGGAGAUGCUGGGGCAGAAGCAGCAAGGACCUAGAAACAACACGUGGCCAAACCGUGACCAAAGUGAUGGAAUCUUUGGGAUGUUGGGAGAGUUUCUACCUUUUGAUCCUGCAGUUGGCUCUGAUCCAGAGUUUGCUCGUUAUGUGGCUGGGGUCAGUCAGGCCAUGCAACAAAAAAGGCAAGCCCAGCACUUCCGUCGCCCCAGCAACACACGUAGCAACUGGCCUCAUCCUGAUGACCCGCACAGAACCUGGCCUUUCCCAGAGUAUUUCACAGAAGGGGAGAUGGCAAGCAGCUGGUCAGGUACUCAGGGCGACUCUGCCAGUUCCAGUGAUGAGACUUCCUCAGCCAAUGGAGACAGUCUGUUUUCCAUGUUCUCAGGGCCAGAUAUUGUUGCUGCAGUCAAGCAAAGAAGGAAACACAGCAGUGGGGAGCAAGACCCGAGCACACUUCCUUCCCCACCACUCCUUACUACAGUGGAUGAUCAUAGUCAGGACAACAAAACCAAAACCUGGCCUCCGAAAGCUCCUUGGCAGCACACACUGCCCAGUCAAAACAUGUCUUUGUACCAGAUGAGCAGCCCUGCCAGCCAGUGGAAUGACACCAUGCAGAUCCUGCAGUCACCCGUUUGGUCCACAGCCAAUGAUUGCACACCAUCAACAGGGAUUUCCUCCACUUUUGCCUAUGCGCAGCAGCAGCAGCAAUCGCCGCCGCCGCCAUCUCAGCACAAACCGUUGAAUAAGGGCUUUAAACCUUUUCCAGUCAAGCACGAACGCAGACCAUCUUACAUGCAUCAGUACUGACGGCUUUUUCUAGCAAGAGAUGCCGCAGAGGACCAAAGUCUUUGAUGUGACAAACAUUUGCUUUGUUUUACAGUUGUGCGGUGGUGGCU